AUGACCGGGACGAAAGAUGAGGUGAAUUUCUCAUUGUGGACCCUUUGGAACCGUUUAUAUGCACAGUUGAAGCAGAGGGGUGAACCUGCAACUCCAUGGCAGAUGCGUAGACUACUCGUCCAAACAAAUAUGCGAGCCAGAAGCAUCUUAAAAGGACGUUCCAUUGAUGACUUCUUACCUAUAAAAGAGUAUCGAUAUUUUUCACAUGUUAGUUAUGAUCUCGAUAUGAAUCAACAAACGAGAGUUCCGUUCUUACUUAUAUAUUCAUACGGAAUGGGAAUUUACUCUAAUGCCUGGAACAUCAUUCCAUGUGGGUCAAGGUUUGAAUGGUUUUUAAAGACAACAGACGUGGAGGAAGAUGUAGACACAGGUGCUGAUAUUGUCAAGGUUGCUAACACCCCCAUGGAUGAUGAGGGCAUCACGGAGAUAUUGAGACCAGUAACGGAUGAAAAACUUCCAAUUAGGCAUAGAUUUACCUCUCAUGAGAUUAAAUGCUAG